AAACUGAAAAAUUGAGAAAUCAUGAAAGUCAUUCGCGUUCUCUCCGCUAGCUACACUUCAUCCUCCUUCUCAAAUCCUCCUCACGCGCCGCCGUUCAUCCUAGCUCCUCGCCGUGGUUAGUGUUUUCGCCACCGCCUCACCACCAUCUCCUCCAUCGCAAUUUAAUCUCCUCUAUUAUUGCAUUCAUUUUCAUCAUUCAAGACAAAUUAUUUAUAGAGAAUGAAUGAUAUGAUCGAGGAGUCAUCCGGUAUAAUGCAGUUCGACCUAGUGACUCGGUACUCUUAGAAUUUUGGAUUGGACCAACUCAACUCAACUCUACACAACCGGCUUAUAAGGAAUAGCAAAAGAUUGAGAGGGCUAAGAAAAAACGCUUAGCGACAGAUCAUCUAGUUCUUCUAAUGGGAUGGAGAUCAUUCUCUUACAAUAGCCUUUUUUCGUCUCUUAUAAGGGUUGCAAAACCACAAUGGCUACCACUCUUACAAAGGUCAAAGGUACUUUAUGAUUCAGGUUCUGUUGUGCUGCAAAAUUGUUGUAAUAGUGCGCCUCUGCUGAAUUUUCAAGCAUCGAGAUUGUAUGCUCGUGGUGCACGGAAGCCCUAUGAUCUCUUUGGAAGUAGAAGACCAGGGGAUGAAGACUUCAAGAAAACCUGGGCAAAGGAGAUGGAUGAAGAUAACACUCUUUGGACAGGAAGUGAGGAUGAAAGCGAUGAUGACAAGAAUCCAAAAAGUCGUCUUCAUAAAGAUAUUAGAAAAGCAAGACAGCAAGCUAAGGAGCAUGCAGACCUAAUUGAUGCUGAUGACAGUGAUGAGUUAAGAAGUGUUUGGUCUGGCAGUGACGACGAAAAGACACUUUGGACUGGUGACGAAAUGGACAGUGAUGAUGAUGUUCCUACAGAAGCUUACCCGAAUGAAAAAAGUGAUAAGUACAUAGAUAAGAUUUUCGAGUUCGAUGAAAUGCCAAAAUACAGAACCAUCUCCGAGCUUUUGAAAUCCGAACAAGAACCCGAGGAGUUGUCACCAGGAAAACAGGCUAGGAAAAUCGCGGUUGAGAAUGCUUUGAAGAAAUUAAAGAAAGGUCCAGAUGGAAGGUAUACCAAUACAUGGGAAGUUAUGAGUGAUCUAGAUAUUCUAAUUGGAGCAUUUGAAAACGUUGUUUCGGGACCGGAAUAUGAAGAGCUUAGACAAGGAGGACCGAAACAGUUAAAUAUGCAGUUUUUUAAGGACAUACAAGCAAGAAUGAGAGAUCCAAAUUACAAAUUCUCACCUGAGUUAAAAUUGAAACCUAAGAGUAAACUUGUUUCUAGAAAGAAAUUUCAAAAGACAGAGUCUAGAAGAAGGAAAGCUCGAAAGAGAUAAAGUUAUAGUUUUUGUCUCAAAAUGCAAUGAGAAGUUGAGCUUGUAAUGUUACUGUGCCUUUGUACUGUUUAUUCAAGUUAAUGGAUGAGAUGUGAGUAAUAUAUUGAAAUUGUUUGGUUCUUUUGUUAUUUUCUCCUGAAAUGUUAUGCCAAAUAGUUCUGAAAGUAAACACUAGAGGCAGGACUUAUGCCUACCUUUAAAAUGCAGAUCAAAUUAUUUCUUUUUA